AUUCAUUGGCGGAUUGUGAUGGCGUAAACAAACCGUGGAAGACUUUUUGUGGGUUGGGAGAUUCAUAAAUUUAAGACGUGUGAAAGGAUGCUUUCUUUGCGGAGCAGGCUUACAGCGCUGACAGAAGUGUCAGAUUAUGAAAGUGACCAUGAAAGGAACAUGAGUCCAGAGGAAGAGGUGGCUAAAAGAACUCGAAAACGGGAUAGGAAGCGAAAGAAGAUUAUCCGAGAACUCUUUGAGAGUGAGAAGGCAUAUAUUCACCAUUUAGAGCUUGUUCAUAAGCACUUUGACUUCCCCCUGAGGUUUGCCUGUAUCGUCCCUGAUGAUGUCCAUCAGAAGCUGUUCAGUAACUUAGAGCAGAUCCUGGAAGUGAACAGACAGCUGUUGGAGGAGUUAGAACACAGCACAGUUGGCUUGUCUUUUCUACAUCUUGGCCCCUUCCUUAAGCUGUAUGCCACGUACGCCAAUGACCAUGAGCAGGCUCUCUCCACACUACAGGACUGGCAUCAGCGGAGUUCAGUUUUCUCUGAUUUCAUCAGCAUGCAGGAGCAGCGACCGGAGGUGAAGGGUCUCAAACUGAACGCCCUGCUAAUAACUCCUGUACAGAGGGUGCCCAGAUACCAGAUGUUACUGGAAGACCUGCUAGAGCAUACCAGCCGUGAUCACCAUGACUAUAACAACCUCUGUGAAGCGACAAAGAAGAUUAAAGAAGUGGCCUGGCAUAUCAACGAGCACAUUAGACAGCAUGAGAACUUCCAGAAGAUGUUAGACAUACAGAACCGUCUGUCCGGGUCAGCCCCCAAAAUCUUAGCCCCAGGCAGGCUUUUUGUCAAGGAAGGAUGUCUUAAAAAGGUGUCUCGUAAAGGGGGUCGCCCACUAGAACGCAUGUUUUUUCUCUUCUCUGACAUGUUGCUGUAUGCCAAACCUAAACUUUUGGACAGUGGUAAAAAUACAUAUACAUGUUGUUGCGUGUUACCUCUAAAACACUGCAAGAUAGAGCCUGUAUUUGGUAAGCCUCGUAAAGAUCAGGAAGGAGGCAUGUUUAGGAUAAGCUGUCAGAGUGAGAGCCUGUUGCUGUACUCCACGGAGCCAGGUGUGGUGAAUGAGUGGUCUGAGGAACUUGUAACAGCGGUCAGGUACAUUUGCACCCACUAG